AUGGAGUUCAACCAAGGUACUUCUUUAUGCAUUGUAGUUGCUAUCAUCGUUCUUCAUUUCUUCAGCAAGCUGGUUCAGGGCAGAAGACAGGAACGAAUUCGACAGAAGCAUAACUGUUCCAGACCACGUCAUUACUCACACAAAGAUCCUGUUUGGGGCAUCGAUUUGUUCGUGGGUGUAGUGAAGAGUAUCUCGAAUGGAAACAACUUUGCUUUUUUCCAAUCCUUGUUUGAUAAGCAUGGCAAGACCUUCGAAGCCAAUAGUUGGGGCCAGAAGGCCAUCUACAAAAUGGAUGCAGAAAACAUACAUACCAUCCUUGUUACGUCGCAGAAGAAAUUCAUAGUAGAGCCUUCUAGGCUGUAUGCUACAGAAUGCUUCUUAGGACGAGGAAUCUUUAAUACAGAUGGUUCAUCAUGGAAGCAAGCUCACCUUGCCUCGAAAUCGAUCUUUGCAAGGGCACAAAUAUCGAAUCUAGACGUCCUAGCAGAGCGUAUGGAUAUCCUAAUUGCUAUGAUACCGCAUGAUGGUACUACUGUGGACUUAUUGCCCUUGUUGAAACGACUUUUUCUUGAUACCUCCACGGAAUUGAUCUUUGGUAAUUCGAUCAAUAUCUUAGAACCGGGAAAAGGUAGAUUUGACACCGAGAGGUUUCUCGCAGCUUUUGACACAAUCUUGCAAGGCAUCGGCUUGCGGGUCGCUUUGGGAAAGUUUGCUUUUCUGCAAAGCUUAGACAGGUCUUGGAAGAAGGCUCGUGACGAGAUUUACACAUUUGUCGACCAGCAAAUCGACAGAGCGAUAGAGAAAGCGAAAGAUCCUUCCAGUCCUACCAAUUCCCCAAGUUCAAACAGACGACUUGCUCUCUUAGAUGAGCUAUUGAAAACGACAAAAGACCGUGUUUCACCCCGUUCUCAUUUGCUCAAUAUCUUUCUUCCAGCACGAGAUAAAACUGCCAUUGCUGUUGGAAACGUCUUCUUCCACUUGGCAAGGCAUCCUGAAGUGUGGAAUCGGCUUCAAAAUGAGGUGUCGAACUAUGACGGACCUCUAACCUACGAGUCGUUAAAGCAGAUGAGAUAUGCAAAGGCUAUUGUGAAUGAAAGUCUACGUAUACUUGCACCUUCUGGAAGAAGUAUACGAUCAUGUGGCGAAGAUUGCAUCUUACCUACUGGAGGAGGACUAGAUGGAAAAGAUCCAGUAUUAGUUGUUCGUGGAACCGAAGUCAAUUACAUAUUUAGAUCUAUGCAUUUGGAUAAGGAUCUAUGGGGCGCGGAUGCUGAUAAAUUUAGGCCAGAGAGAUGGGAGAAGCUUGGAACCGCGCAACUUCGGGCGUAUAUUCCGUUCUCUAAGGGAGAUCGAGUUUGUCCUGCACAGAAAUGGUGCUCAAUGAAUGUGUUUAUAUUUUAG